ACGAGGUUCAACGGUCAAACGUCAACCGCAGCGACAGCCAGCAACGAUCAACACAAUAUCAUUCAUGACCUAGCACGGUGAACAGUCUGAACAGAACGUCUAGCCGCGAGUCCAACACCCGCGGUUGCACUUUUGAUAGCACAGCUGAUUACAUCACCCGCAGCUCCAUCUCCGCCUUCCAUGGCCCUGUGACCUUGCUCUUCUUGACCACUUUCGCGUCCAGCGACAUCUGCAACGUUCUCACUUCAUCAUUCUGUGCCGCCGUGUGCUGUCCUGUGCUGACCGGUGACCGAGUCUCCUCCAGGACCAGCAGCCGUCUUUUUCUGCUGUCUCAUUGUUGACCACCGUGGUCAUCUGGUGUUGGCUGCACGUUGUGGCUGGGCCAUUCUGGUUCCGACGUCCCGCGCAAAAAAAGCUCUCCAGCCAGUUCCACCAGAACGCAAACUUCCUUACGACCGCGCGAGGUUCCCUGCCCUGCAUACUCGGCUAUCACGCUCUUCUGUCGCAGUCUGGGGUGGCCUCCCUUCCUGCGUGCUUCCUAUUUGCCGGAUUUGCGACAUGAUUUAAUCGUCGUCGCACGUUCAGAGCCAGACCUGUCUACCUGUCGUCGGUAUCUGUUUUCCGUUCGCCAUCUUUCGGCUGUCAACUGCGACCAAUCGUGGUCCCAUCUCGCCGUCUUGUCUGAUUUCGGUGAGUGCACGCUAUUUCGAUCUUACGCAGCAGAGCUUACUCGCCGUGUUGUGGAAACGUACUGCCUUUACUUUCUUUGAGGGGUCGAGUCCACACUGGUCAUCCCGGUAAGUACAUCAGAGCCGCCCGCUUUUACCGAGAAUCACCACCUCCCACCAACCAACCAUGUGGCAUCUACCCGGUCACCCGGGUAAUGCAUUUCCUAUGCUCACGUACCAAAUGUGUCCGCCCGCCGAGUAUCUGGCUCAGUCCGCAUAUCACAUGUCGGCUAAGACGUUGGCCGCUUGAUCAGCAUGCUUCCCUUUCGUCCAGGCAACUAAAUUAGUUCCCAUUUAUAUGGACCGCAUGCGCCGUCACUUCGCUGCUACGAACGUAGCCACGCUCAGCGUGAAACUCGUUGGCGAAAGCAGCAUCAAUGCCUGCGUAUUGUCUUCAAGAUUGUCACUACUUCUACCGCAGCGCCUUGCGUCUGCUUUCGUUGCCCACCUUCGUCUGUGCAUUGUACGCUUAGCUAACACGAUCCCCGCGCCAUGGCAGUAAAGCUAUUCACCAGACCAACGUCCCUGGACGGGAAACUGGCGACCGUGCCCGAGAACUGUGCCAUGCCCCAGGGCAACGGACCAUCUGAGCAGACGCGCUUUGCCGAUGCCGCAAAGGAAGUUACGCAGACCUAUUAUCAGGACGAGAAGUCGCCCUUGAGCCACCGCAAUGGGAAUUCAAAAGCUGGUAUCACAUUUGCUUCCCAAGAUAAACUUCCUAGACUUCCCAUACCAGAACUUGAGUCGUCCUUGAAGAAGUAUCUCAACGCCCUGAGACCGCUGCAAUCGGCCAAGGAGCAUCGCGAGACUGAGGCUGCCGUCAAGGAGUUUUUGAGAACGGACGGCCCCAAAUUGCAGGAGAAGCUCAAGGAAUAUGCCAAGGGGAGGCCAAAUUACAUUGAACAAUUCUGGUACGACUCGUAUUUAAACUUUGACAAUCCAGUCGUUCUCAACUUGAAUCCUUUCUUCCUGCUCGAAGACGACCCGACACCAGCACGCAACAAUCAAGUGACCAGAGCCGCAUCCCUUAUUGUCUCUGCACUAGCUUUCGUCCGCGCGGUUCGGAAAGAAGAGCUCCCACCUGACACCGUGCGCGGACAGCCGCUAUGCAUGUAUCAGUACUCUCGACUUUUUGGAACGGCUCGAAUACCCACAGAUCAUGGCUGCCAGAUUGGGCAGGAUCCGGACGCGAAACAUAUCGUUGUCAUGUGUCACGGCCAGUUCUAUUGGUUUGAUGUGCUUGAUGACAAUUCGGAUCUGAUAAUGACAGAGAAAGAUCUUGCCGUUAAUCUGCAAGUGAUCGUCGACGACGCAUCCGAAACGCCGAUUCAGGACGCCGCAAAAGGUGCUCUUGGCGUGCUCAGCACAGAGAAUCGGAAGACGUGGUCUCAACUCCGAGAUGUUCUGCAAAGAGAAGAAGGGUCCAACAACUCAGACUGUCUCAGUAUCGUCGACUCCGCGCUGUUUAUCGUGUGUCUGGAUUACACCGAGCCACAAACUGGAGCCGAAUUGUGCAUGAACAUGCUUUGCGGUACGAGCAAGGUUGAAAAGGGAGUCCAAGUGGGAACCUGCAUUAAUCGUUGGUAUGACAAGUUGCAAAUUAUCGUGUGCAAGAACGGCAGCGCUGGCAUCAAUUUCGAGCACACGGGCGUGGAUGGCCACACUGUUCUUCGCUUUGCUUCAGACGUUUACACAGACACAAUUCUGCGCUUUGCUCGGACCAUUAACGGCCAGGCCCCCAGCCUCUGGGCGUCCUCGAGUCCUGACCCCGCAAAACGAGAUCCAGCAAGUUUCGGUGAUGUCCAGACGACUCCUCAUAAACUUGAGUGGAACAUGCUGCCAGAGCUAAGCAUUGCCCUUCGCUUUGCGGAAACUCGUCUCGCGGAUCUGAUACAACAGAAUGAGUUCCAGACACUGGAGUUUGGGGCCUAUGGGAAGAAUUUUAUGACAUCGAUGGGCUUCUCACCAGACGCCUUCGUGCAAAUGGCAUUUCAGGCAGCUUAUUAUGGCCUAUACGGACGCAUCGAGUGUGUUUAUGAGCCGGCCAUGACCAAAGCCUUUUUCCACGGUCGAACGGAGGCGAUCCGUUCCGUAACUGAAGAAUCCGUGGAAUUCGUACGAACUUUUUGGGGUGACAAACCCGCAAAUGAAAAGGUCGAAGCCUUACGCAAAGCUUGCGAAGCACAUGUCAAGAUCACCAGGGACUGCGCAAAGGCCCUAGGUCACGACCGUCAUCUUUAUGCGCUUUACUGUGUCUGGCAGCGUUCUCUGGAUGAAGGCUACGAGACGGGCACAGAUCAGGAAUCAUAUGGUGACAGGUCAACCAGUCCACUACCCGGAAACGACCAGUCGAUUGUGAGCUCUCCGAGUAGGAGGUCGAUGGUGUCGGAAGAAGGCUCAUAUAAUGGCAGCUUUGCCGGGCACGUCACCCACACCAUGCCUGCAUUGUUCGCUGACAGUGGCUGGGACAAGCUGAAUACAACAAUUCUUUCGACCUCGAACUGCGGAAAUCCAUCUUUGAGACAUUUUGGUUUCGGGCCAACCUCCGGUGACGGCUUUGGCAUUGGCUACAUAAUCAAAGACGGAUCCAUAAGCAUUUGUGCGUCGUCAAAACAUCGACAGACCAGCCGCUUCAUUGAUUCACUGGAGGCGUACUUUCUCGAGAUUCGAAGAAUUCUGAGGCAGACAAAGCGCCGUGGAACAGGCGCUGACAAGACUGUAUCUCGAGUGCGCGAGGUGGAGGAGCAAAGCAAGAACAGUCGAAUCAAAUCGCGGGGCCGAAACAUCUUGACUGAUACGGCGAAACCAAUGACGCCUCAGACGGAAAGUGUGCAGGAGAGUGAUGAUGAGGGCCUAGGCGGAUGUAAGCAUCCCUUUUGUCCUUCCAAUAUUUCAUCGUACGGCAUCUUUCGUGGGAGAAAACCCGUCGCAUCUCGACAGCGUGCCGACUCAAUGUUGGAACGUUCGAGCUCCUCGGAAUCUGUAUCGUCGGACGACGGCAGGGCCAUGCAGCGGACAGUAGGAGUUGUUAUCACUAGUUGUGCUGUCUCUGACGCUAGCAACGCUUUCGACUUUGGUCUUGCCACGCCACCGGCCACACUUCUGAAUUCCAUGCAAGAUAUCGUCGUCAGCACGCCGGCGUCUUCUCAACGCGCUGUACCAAAACGCAUGCCCACCAGACCGAGGAGACGAAUUCCGCAUUUUUCAUUUUUGUAAUCACACUUUUGUAGCACGAUUAUUGCAUUGUAUACCCAAACACUUAUAGACACACCUAUCUUCGGAUUCAUCGUUCACUUACUGAUUCAUGUUUUGAUAUAGACGGAUUUUUCGAUGCAGGAAUGCUGCAGCAGGCACUCAGAGCGAACAGGGAGGCAGACACAGACAGUCCCAGUGCGGAGCGCCGCAGACAUUUAGGUCGCAAGCUGACACUGUCCGAAUACUAGCUUUGCUGUCUCUACGUGGACAAUGUUGCUAUGCAAUGUUUCAAGUUGAUGUUACAUCUAGCAAGCGAUAUUUUGGAUUAGAAAUAACAUUUUCUAUCUUCGACAGCAUUCCUGCGCGUCAACACUUCUUGCUCGUUUGUUUGACUUCCUGACAGCGGCUGAAUUGUGUCAAAGCAUCAAGUCAAGUAAAAAGACUCUGAUACGUCGUAACACUGCUACUUUCGUACAAGACGGGUAGUUGCAUUAUGCAUUCAAGAGCUUGGAACGCUUCCAUGAGAAUAAAUUCAAAAGUUUGGUCAGCAAAUUCUGGGAUCGAACAUGAGUUAAUUGAGACUCGCUAUAGGAUUAUUCUCUCAUCUCUUCUUUGGAUAUUGGAAUUCUUGGAUUCCCUGCUUUGCCAUCAUCUUUUUCAUCAUCUUCAUAUACUUGUUCUUGCCGUGGUGUCUAAUGGAUUCAGGUAAAUGAGGAUACACGGCGAAUAAUGACUUCAGCACCAUUGCAUUACGAAACCUGGUCAUCCUCGUUGAUUUCAGACCGUACUGAUCACGGAUCUUGGGCGGAAAUGACUCCACCGUCAAGGCCUUUAAGGUAGGCAUCAGCAUGAAGAAUACAGGCUUCAUGUACCAUGGCGUUGCCUUCCACGGGUGCAUGAGAUCGUAGCAGACUUUCUCGGCUUCAGGCGUGACUUCGAGCUUGUUCUCGAUCAUGUCAUUGUAAUAUGCCCAGAAGGCGGCUCUGUCCUUGGGCCACAGCUCCGGAGGCAUGUUCAGCGAUGUCCCCAGAUAGGAAAACUCCCUGUAGAUGCGUUCGGCUUUCUCGGGCGGCUCGAUCGGACCGUACACUUUCUCGUAGUUCCUGAUUAUGUCUGCAUACAUGGUUGCGGCAACCCAUAGCUGCGCCUGUGCGUGAUUGAUCAGUCUUCGGAACGGAUAAGGAGCCUUUCUCACAGUGCUAGUUGGAAACGUAAAUGUCAUCUGGGUGACUACACAACUACAUGAUCACAUCUGCUGGAAAGGGAAACGGCUUACUAAGAAACAGUUAGCAAAUUUAUCUGUUUACAG